AUGGGAGGCCGCAGUCUAAGGCCCGCGAGAGUGUACCAAACCGCAUCACGUCUCCUAGAAGCCAACAGCACAAGUCAACCGCCAGUAUGGUAUAACACUAUUGGAUCGAUUCCUCCUGGAGAGAUCUUGACCCGGACACAGCCUGCUCAACAUCGGGCACAGAAGCACAAUUCUCGAAUCCGGAAACCGAGCAAGAUGUUCCAACCGCAGAUAAUCGAGUAUGAAGAGGAUCGAUUGAGACGGCAAUUCCACAAAGACCACCCCUGGGAGCUAGCAAGGCCUCGGGUAGUACUGGAAAAUGAUGGACGAGACGGGCAAAAACACGACUGGUCCAGGAUACGGCAACCAGGAAUGCCUUUAAGCGGGGAGAGUGUCGUACAAAGGCAACUCUGGCUUAUGUAUAAUGGGAGGAGCAAAGCCGAAGCUUAUGAUAUUGCGCGGAAGGAAUUCUAUGCACUACGACACGAGGAAGAGGUUGAACGUCGAGUCGCCAAAGAGGAGGCAUUAUGGACUGGCGCAUACUUCGGCAAAGGGGUUUUGGAGGUUUCGAUGGGAUUGGAAGACAAGAUCUAUGCGGAUUGGAUGGAGUGGGCGACGAAGAAUGUUGGGGAAAUGGACAGGCUGCGAGAAGCUGCGUAUACGAGUGUCCCAACGCCUGAUGAUGCAGUAGAAGAAGACGUGGAUCCUCUUGCUGAAGAACCCGGAUUAGUAUAG